CAUACAUGCAGUGCAUUAAUUUGCCCGAUAUGCUUAAUCUUGCUUGGCUAUCUGGGACGUACAACAGUUGAAAAAGUACUGGUCUAAUUUAAAACAACAAACUAGAAAUAUAUUAACUACUGAAAGACAAUCACGAUUCCUAACUGGAGGAGGACCACAGAAAAAUAUAAGUGAAGUUGAUCCGAAUAUUCAGGAUAUUAUUUUCAAUUUAAUGACAACGGCACCAACCAUUUCUUCAAGCAAUCUUUGCACACAGGAGUCCACAAAUCGACAAGAAAAAGUUUUGAAAGCAAUCCAACAGAAUUCUAAAAAUAUUGAUGAUAUGAUCAUUAACGAAGUACAUCCGAAAAACCAAGAAAUAUUAACUUCACCAUCCAUCGAAGUAGUAUUUGAUACAACGGGCGAAGAAAUAAACAACAAUAUAGAAGUUGCAUCAGACAUUGAUUCAACAUCUAUAGAGAGAGAAUCCAACAGUCAGUCUAGUGAUAUAUUUAUUGAAAAAGAAAAUGAAGCCUUAUUUGAUUUAAAGAAAAAUAAUAAACGUAUAAAUGACAAUUUGUCUUCUAAUUUAAAGAAGCAAAAAACGGAUAAAGUUACAUUAAUAUGUAAAAAAGAAAUAGAAUUAGCAAAUGUAAAAAUCAGUCAUAAAAUAGAGAUGCAUAAUAUUAAGAAAAACCGAGAAGAGUUUAUUAAUAAAGUAACAAAGGAAAAGUUAUUGUUAGAAAAAAAGGAGUUGCAAGAGAAAUACAAGCUAGCAAAGUUUCGUGCUCAAAAAGAGAUGUAAGUAAUUUUUUCAAACAAAAUAAUUCUAUUUUAAAAUGUUGUUUAAAUUUUAAGGGAGAACAUUAUGUCUCGGAUGAUAUUUAAUACUUAAUUGCAAGCACACGCAUAAGUGUUAUUUAAAGAGAUAUUAAGUUUUACUUUGUUUUAUUAUUUUAUUUUAUUAUUAAAAUAUAAAAUUAUUAAUUACAUAUUAAGUUGAUAUGUAUAUGCUGACAUAGAUGAUCUCGUUUUUUUUUUUAGUGUAAUUAUGUAAUGUCAGUAUGAUAUGUGAUAUGUAAAUCAGUUUGAUAUGUGAUAUGUAAACCAGUUUGAUAUGUGAUAUGUAAACAUAAAACCAAAAAUAAGUUACAUUGAAAUAAAUAUCGCACAAUGACAAUUUUCAUUUCCCCCACACGUUUAAAACGCAUUACACCACUGGCUUCUCAUUAAGUCAUGUCUCUUUCUUCUUUUCGUCAUCGCCACCUUUUAAUGCCGCGAGCUUUUAGAAUCUUUUCAACUUGCUCGCAAUUCAAUCUAUUGUAAAUGACAUGUAUCCAUCUUCUUGAUCUCACUGAGACUGAAUGUAGUUUUGCAAAAUCUUUAUAUCUUCUCUGUUUGUGUCGUAACUGACAAUGGAACAUUUUAUCCAAGCCUAAAUUUUAUGAACUCUGCUCUGAUUAUUUCGUAACAUGAUAAACAAUAAGUAUGUACAAACUUGGGUAAAAAUAGUGUCAAAAUUUGGAAUUUCCUUCUUCAAGUUUUUAACAAAUUGCUCAUUCUUGAGAAUCGACAUGAAAUAAUAUUGGGUAAUUCUAAAGACACAAAACAAUUUAUUAUUGUUAUAUUAUUUUUUCAAAAAAUAGAUACUUUGGAUAAAAUAUUCUGACCUUGUCUUUCACAAACAUCAAUGCUGCCACCGCUGCAUUCUCCAUUGAACGCAGCUAAUUUUAUAAUUGUCACCAGAGAGCACGGGCUCGAAGACAAAUUGGCGAACUCGAGAUGCGACGACACACCACAAUGCGUCCAACAUUUUCUUGACACCAUCUACAAGCAAAUUUUAGCAAGUGUUCGUCACAUGAACUUGAAAAUGUAGCUCGAAAAACAUUAUGAGAUUAAUAUAUUUAAAAUAAAAGACAAAAACAUACCGACUCAAAUUAUUACAAGAAAUUUCAACUUAUUAGAAGAAAAAUGUAUCGCAGUACAAUACAUUUUUCAAAAAUAGUCGCAUCUCCAAUAAAGAUCCAAUUCUGUUCUUCGGGCACUCCAAAGGAUAACAAUCGAUCCAAUGUGUGUGAAACUGAACUUUCCCAAAUCUAUUUUUUCGUUGCCGGACAAAAUUGUAUUCAAUACAUUAACAAAAUUGAUCAUCAUGGAACAAGACGUUUUAUCUUUACGACAGCUUAUCAAAUUAAGGGACCAUCUUAACUCUGUAAGUAUGUGGUAUAAAUGAAAUUUCGGUUGUUUACACUAAAACGGAAACAACUUGACGUAUUAUGUCUUUGCUCGAUUAAAAAAAGAAUAAAUUUCUUUAAUUACCUUGUUGCCUAUUAUUGACGCAACGCGACGCCAUUUUGCUCCACUCCGCUCCACUACUAAUUAAAUAAUUGUCGAACUACAUUUUGCCUAAUAACAUGACCAUCACCAGGUUGCCAAUGAGGUUCAUCGUAGGGCAGCUCCUCAUUAUUUUCAAUUGCUACAUUAGGUUCUGGUUCCUCUGGGAGAACGUCCUUGUAAUGUAGUGAUAAAUUAUGCAAAACUGCACAAGCUGAUACAACUCCAGUACAUGUUAAUAGUUUUAAUGAUAAUCCUUUUGAUAGACAAGGAAAUCGUCUUUUCCAUAUUCCAAAAGUUCUUUCAACAACCAUUUGUGUUCGUGAUUGAAUUUCAUUAUACCUGCAAAUAAAUUUUUUAUAGCACAUUAAUUUUUAUUGGUAUAUCUCCUAUAAUUUCUAGACAUUUGCCGCAAUUUUCUUUAUUAAUAAUUUUAUAAUUAUUUAUUAUUUAUUAAUUGGAAUUUUACAAAUCUGCUCGAUCAAGUUUAUUUCACAAAUAUAUUUUUUGUCGUAUUUUGUAAGAAUUUGGAAUAUGUAUUUUUUCAUUUCUAAAGUCAUAAAUAAAGAGAAUUGCAACAAGAAAUCAAAAGCCUUAAAACUUAUUAAAUUCUGCUUUCUUAACCUGUGUUCUUCAUCAUUUUGUGGAUUUCUGAACGGUGUUAGAAGAAAUGUGAGAGAAGGAUAUCCUGAAUCUCCAACUAACAUUCCUGUUAGUUCACGUUGUUGAAACCGCAUAAAAACUCGAGAAUUUUGGAAAAUUCGACUAUCAUGUUGACUUCCUGGCCAUUCGGGGACAAGAUCCAAAAAUUCCGUUCGUGGUCCUACAAUAGCCUUGAAUACAAAACAUUGUUACGUCCGGCGGGGCCAAGGAUCGAAUUGUUUGGUUUUAUCUAUUUAGUUUACUAUGAUUAUUUCUUAUUCUCUGCUCCGCCGAGCAGAAACGGAGAGAGAUCGCGAGGAACAGCGGGUAAGAGAAAAAAAAAAGAUAAAUUCUGGCGGAUUCUUUUAUUUGACUGAUUUAAUUGAAUUCCACUAUAGAAAUGGUGGCCUUGAUGACCGUGUUAGCGGCGACCAUCCUGUCAUCAAUAAUAGUGGGCUUUUGGUAGCCGCGCGGUGAGAGUCCGUGAAUGGUAUUCCCGUGGAUAUAGGCAGGGCCCGGAACAGUCGUUGGCAGAAAGAGUUCACGCGGUGAAGGCAAGGGCUGAAGCGGGGGUGCCGUCAGGGCUACCGGCAGCGGUCGGUCGAAAACACGGGGGUCAAACUCCCCGUGUUCCACCAGCUCGGCAUACAGCCGCCUCAGCUGGACCUUCCUACCGCCGCGCCUAGAUCUUCCCAUCUGCGGGGAAGAAUGCCAUUUCUUUGAUUCUCUCAAUUUAUUUUAUGUUUUCUACUCGGAAGUAAAUUUCGCGAUGGUUAACUCGUUGGUGAGAAUUUAAUUUCGCGUGUAUGCUAGCGGGUGGCACGACCGAUAGGUGCUUCGCGCGACGAAUUCUAGCGCUGGGUUUACUAGGAAGCGUGGACAGAGUGCGGAUCGAAGGACAUAUACCUCGCACCAUGAAUUUGGGUGGAGGCGCCUAGUAAAGUAGCGGCGCCGUAUUCGGCGUCCGCUCCGGUGCUGUCGGUUUGUCGGAACGCGAACGCGCGCCGACUAUCCCGCGCCCACGCUAAAGUCUUCCGACUUUCGCAGUGCCGGUUGAUGGGGAAGGGUGUACACUUUACAGCGCGCACCUUAACGCACCGUUGGCUGGCUGUCCUCGAAGGGAUAGGAGGGCGACAGGGAGAGAUAAGCGAAUGUGGCUGGCGAUCCUCCCGAUUGCCGCGAGAGAACGCAAACACGCUCACUCUGCGUGUGACGGGGGCCGCUGAGUUCCUUGCGGAACUACAGCUCAGCGCUAAGUUCGCCACUCUCACUGUCUGUGAGAGGAAGUAAAGUUUCCCGAGGGAUCGAAGCACCACCACUGUCGCACAACACUCCACGCUGAGCGAACGGAACGCACACACAAAAAAAAAAAAAGAAAAAAGAAAGAAACCUGCUUGUCACGAAUAUAAUUGCUUUAAUUAGAA